CUGUAAGCGAUGUGCCGGAAGUCGAACAAGCCGUGUCUGCAAUACUACAAGGGUGUGCCUCUGCCUGGCUUCCUCCCGCGAGAGUACAUCGAAUCAGCCUCAAAGUAUAAACCAACAAAGGACGAUUUGUACAUCGUCACGUACGCCAAGUGCGGCACCACAUGGACCCAGCACGUGGUAUACUUGAUUCAGACGGGAGGCGUGCCUCCGGCGAACGCGGAAGAAUUUUACAGGGCGAGUCCGUACAUCGAGGCCUUCGGAGCCGAGUGCGUGAAGUGGAUGAAAAAGCCCGGAGCCCUGAAGACCCACCUGCCGGUGCAGCUACUGGAGUACAGCCCUGAGGCCAAAUACCUCGUGGUCGUCCGCAACCCGCGUGACGUCAUCGUGUCACUGCAAUACCACUGGCUCUCGUUCUUCGGGUACCAUUACAACGGCUCCUUCGACGACGCCUUCGAGCUUUUCAUGAACGACGAGAGUGACUGCGGUAACUUCUUCACUUUCUACAAGGACUGGUACGAGCGAAGUCGCGAUCCCAACGUGCUUUUCGUCGUGUACGAGGACCUCAAGCGUAACCCCGAAGAACUCAUUCUCCGAAUCGCUCGCUUCAUGGGCGAAGAGUACGAAGCCAACCUACUCAAGAACGACCGCAAGGGACUCCGUGACGUUGUCAAGUACAGCAGUGUCGAGGAAAUGAAGAAGUACACCAAUGACAUCAUCCGAGAGUUCUUUCGCGGCAGCUUCGACUUCCAGGGCCCGGAGUACGAAGGAUUCCGACAGUUCCAUCGCGGAGUCCAUUCAGCCGGCGUGGAAGCGGUGAACAAGAUCAACUACGUGCGCAAGGGAAUUGUAGGAGACUGGAAGAACCACUUUACUCCAGAACAGCUCAAACGUCUGAACGAAAAGUUCAGGAAAGAAACUGAAGGCAGCGACAUCGCCAACCUCUGGCCGGAGAUGAACUUCCUCGAAUGAGACAAACUGUAGCGCUACAUCUACGCGGACGAAGCUAGACAAUAUACAGAC